AAAGGGGUGGGACUGAAUGGGAAGGUAUAAUUCCCCAUAAAGGGAAAGGGUUACCCAAUGGGAAAUUUGCAACACUUGCUGUCUGAUUCAUGAUCCCAAGGCAGAGCAAGGGAAGGAGGUUGGACUGAGCAGAGCCCUCUGGUAGUGGGUCGCCCCAGUUGCUUCAUGGCACCCCAAAAGAAGCUUCAGGGCCUUGUGGCAGCCACCAUCACUCCGAUGACUCAGGAUGGGGAAAUUAACUUCUCUGUGAUUGGCCAGUAUGUUGACUACCUGAUAAAUGAGCAAGGCGUUAAAAAUGUAUUUGUGAAUGGAACCACAGGGGAAGGCCUGUCGCUGAGCAUUCAGGAGAGGAAACAGCUGGCGGAGGAAUGGGUGGCCCAGGGCAAAGAUAAACUUGAUCAUGUGAUAGUUCAUGUUGGAGCAUUGAGUUUACCAGAAUCAAAGGGACUGGCCAGGCAUGCGGCAGAUAUAGGAGUGGACGGCAUAGCAGUCAUUGCCCCUUCCUUCUUCAAAUCAGUGAAUAAAGAUGGACUAGUCGCCUUCUUGCGGGAAGUUGCAUCUCAAGCUCCUGGUAUCCCAUUCUAUUAUUACCACAUCCCUCGCCUAACUGAUAUAAAAAUUUGCGUCAACGAGCUGCUAGAUGGGAUGAUAGAGCAUAUCCCCAGCUUUAAGGGGGUGAAGUUCAGUGACACAGACCUCUUGGAUUUUGGACAGUGUGCAAAGAAAAAUGAUAAAGGCCAAUUUUCACUUCUCUAUGGUGUGGAUGAGCAACUCCUGAGUGCGCUGGUGAUGGGAGCAACAGGGGCAGUUGGAAGUACAUAUAACUACUUUGGCAAGACAAACAACUUACUGCUGGAAGCUUUUGCCAGUGGAGAUCUUAAUUCUGCACAAAAAUAUCAGUUCUGUGUUCAAGAUUUCCUCUACUUUGUUAUUGCACAAGGAUUUGGGGUUCCACAGAUCAAAGCAGUGAUGAGUUUGGUUUCAGGGAUACCAAUGGGCCCGCCCCGACUGCCACUCUCAAGUGCCUCAGAGGAGUUUGUUCUCAAAGUAAAAGCCAAACUAGAAAGCCUAAAGAACUGUCCCUACACUUUACUUUAAGCAGCGACAUGUGCAGCAUGGUCCUGUAUGACCGUUGUCUCCUAGAACUGAGUGCUUGAAAUGAGAUGGACAUUGUGCCAUCCAUGAGAUUGCUGGCUAAUAAGUCUGGACUGGCUAUCUUAUCACGGAUUGUAGAACAAUAUUUGCUAAUCAUUUCUAUGUUGAAAUCAAAAGAAACCAACUUGGUGUUGAAAAUUGAAGAAAACUGUUUGGAGCAAAUGAAGAAAAGAAAUGAAAUUUUUGAGUCCUUCCAUACAAGACAAGAUGAAGACCAAUAUAAACUACCAAUAUAAAUUGGUAGAUCUUAUUAUUGUUUCAUAAUUAUAGAACUCAGAGGUUCAAGAAUUGUUUUGAUUAUACAAAUUCUUGAAACCUGCAAAAUGUUUUUAAACCUUCCUGACCAGUGAAACAUCCAACAUCAGCCUUGACCAAUCAGUGAUGUUCUCUGUGAUUGACAACAUUUUCUUGGAUAACUGUUUAUUUGAAGGGGUGAAGACUGGAAAAAGAUCAUGGCACACUCCAGAAUCAAUUUGGUUCUAAGCGGACUGUUUCAGAGGGAAUCCUAAACCUGAAACUUCACUUCAACUCUUCUUGCUGUGUAUGUUUAUUCAAAAGUACCGUAAAUCUUUACUAAAGGAAAUAUAGUUUACUGAUAACUUAGAUUUUGAGCCUUUGAAAAACAAAGAUAAGAUUUUAAUACAAUUUUUUACUA